GGGGGUCGAUCGAUACGCGGCGUCACAGAGCGGUGCACUGCACGCACACACGGCCAGGCGGUAACACCUAGAGCGCGCGGCCCUCUCUGUCCCUCUCGGAUCGCCGUGGCAAAAGCGCGCGCGCCCUCGGCUCGGCAGCAUCGCGUCUGGCCGUGCUCGUGCCGCUCGUCGCCCGCGCCUGUGUCGGGAGUCGCGGAGCUUUUACGCGUCGGCGACGAGAGAGCGCAAGCGCGAGGCGCGCGCCAACCGACGGCGACGGCGCGAGGUUAUGUCUGAGCGUCGCGGCCAAGUCCGGCUCCGCCGCCGAGUCAGCAGCUGUUCGGGGUCAAUGCACUGAUGGGACUGGACAGCCAGGGGGCCCGGGCCCCACGGGGGCGACCCUCGCCGUCGUCGUCGUCGACGUCGUCCCCCGCUGACUCCGCUCGUGUGCUGUUUACCGCUGUCGUGACCAUGACGAUGCCCGGGGGGCCAACUGCUCCGCGACUCGUCGGCGGCCUGCUGCGGCUCGUGCUGGCGUUGCUGCUGCUUGCGUCCUGCCCCGUUGCCUCUGAAAAGAGCAAAGAUUACCUGAUAAGCGACCUCUGCAAGAAUCACUUCUUGCGAGAUCUCUACAGGAAAAUCGAUGGGGCGGUACUCACGUCGCAGAACGAGAGGAACCUCGACUGCGCAGUCACAUUCCAGACGCACAGCAUACUCCAGCGAUUCAUGCUCAAGUUCGAUCGUUUGCAACUCGAUUGCAACGAUCACCUCUACAUCUACGAUGGAGCUCAUUCCGUGGGAAGCUUUAAGGCGGAUCUGACGUGCAGAAACACGCUAGAAAGUGUGGGAGCCAUCUACACGCACACGAAUUUUGUUACUUUGAAAUACGUCACAGACGACUGGGGCACGGACGCUAAUGGUUUCCGGCUCGUUAUUACUGCUGUCAAAGAUCCAAAGCAUGCAUGUAAAGAUUUCCGAUGUAACAUGAAGGAAUUCUGUAUCGAUAACGAUCUUGUUUGCGAUGGUAUCAAUCACUGCGAAGAUGGUUCCGACGAGGCAACUUCCACCGUCUGCGUCAACACAGAAGCGUCGACAAUUCUAGGAAUGGAGAGUGCGUGGUUCGCGAUAGUGAUGGUGUGCAUGGUGCUGUCAGUGGCGGGCCUCGCAGCCGCGGGGAUGCUCUGCUUCUACAGGCAGCGCGUCACCACCCCGAGGCACCCACACAACGCUCACAACGCCCAAGGACAUCCACCCGUUAGCUAUCCUUGGUCGCGAAGCGAAGAAGCCAGAGCGGCGAAAGAGCGCAGACGGCCAAUGUUUAGCGAGUCGCGGAACGGCGGCGGCGGUGGGCAACAGCAGCAGCAGCAGCAGCAGCUCGCUCGUGAUAUGGCCAGGCGAGCAUUUCGCACUCUCGUCUUCGGACUUCUCGUGACGUCGACACUCCUCUUCGGCUACAUCCUCAGCGCAGAUUACUCACACAGUUCGAGCAAGUCUGCCAAAGACUACUUCAUUGGGCCAUGCCUCAUCAAUACCAAUCAGACUUGCCCCGACCCGGAGGUUUCCUUCUUCCUCUUCACGCGCCAAAACUUGCGACUCGCCCAACAGAUUCUUGUCAAUGCUACCGAGUCCAAUCUCGAUCAAACGUUUUUCAACUCCACAUUGCCGACAAAAAUUAUCGUGCAUGGAUACAACUCAGACAUGGAACUCGACUCGCUGAUCAAUAUCCGCGCCGAGUAUUUGAACAAAGGUCGCAGCAAUGUGAUUGCCGUCGACUGGCGAAGGCUCGCCGCUGGUCCCUGCUACCCCGCAGCAGUGCACAACGUUCCCCAUGUUGGCGAGUGUGUCAGUCAGCUAGUCAACAGGCUCAAGGAUCACGGCACCAAGGACAUUCACGUCAUUGGGUUCUCCCUGGGAGCACACGUACCUGCGUUCACAGCGAUCCGCUUGAGGCCUUACAAGCUGCCGCGCAUCACAGGGUUGGAUCCGGCUAUGCCGUUUUUCAUUACCGUCAGCAAGGAUGAGAAACUUGACUCGAGCGAUGCCGAGUUCGUCGAUGUUAUUCAUACCAACGCCUUCGUUCAAGGCAAGAUCGAGACCAGUGGCCAUAUCGAUUUCUACAUGAACGGCGGCAUCAAUCAACCUGGAUGCUGGGAGAAGAGGAAUCCCUUCGGCUGCGAUCAUCAUCGAGCGGCUAUGUACUUUGCCGAGUCCAUUAACAGUCAAAUCGGCUUCUGGGGAUGGCCGUGUGCUGGAUUUUUCGCUUAUCUCAUCGGGCUCUGCCAGCCAAGAUUUCCCGCAGUGCUCGCUGGCGACCCCGUUGAUAAGACUUACAGGGGAUACUUUCUCGUCAAAACUAAUGAUAAGAGUCCCUUCGCGCAAGGCAUCUUUGCAAUCAAUCCAGCCUUCGUCUCUGACGUGCGAUUACUUCGGUCAAGCCAGUAAAAUAUUCAAUCUUUGUUUU